AUGUGUCCCCUGCAGCGUCCCCGGCCAUCUCCUCCGGCUGAUGCCAGCAUCCGGCUUCUGUGUUCCGGUCCCUGUGACGUCGGGACGUACGGGCGCCGGCGGGAAAUUUGAAAAUUUAAAAAAAAUUUAUUUUUUUUCAAAACGAAUUUUACAUACAUUUCACAUACAUUUUGUCCCUACUGCUUUGUCCUGUGCCCUGCCUGCAUUUUGACUGUUCUUUCUGCCUGGAAACUUAGAAAAGUCCAUGGCAUCCAAAAAGCGUCCCUUUACGUCAAAAUAGGUUUUAGACCAGACUAGAGAACAGCGAUAGUAAAUCAGAACCACUUGCAGAAUUGA